AAUAGAAUUUUGUAUUAGGUGAAAAGUAAUACCAGUUAUAUCGUAGAGGUCGGAACAUAAAACACAAUAUUACUUGACGGUGGUACCAGAAUAGUCAAUUUUUUUUUUACCUUUCCUUAGUUAUCCUGUCAUUCGUCAUACGGUAUACUGUCUAGAGUAACACACACAUAUAUGAGGGAUUUAUGCUUGUAUCAUUCAAGUAAACAUCGGCUGCGCAGGUGCGCAAAUACAUACUUGUUUAUGCUGUUUGCAUAUUUGCAACGUAUGUAGGACGUAAUUGUAACUAUACUUUCUUUGGAUGCAGUCGUCCGUGAUUAAAUUUGCGCGCGUUAUACUUUUAAGGAAUAAAUACAAUUACACAGAAAUUUUUUAAUAAGACAAUAUUAACAAAUUUUUCUUAAGCGAGAAAAAGAGAAAGAAAGAAAGAGAGUUUGCAUGUGAAAAAAGGAAGACAUCACGUGAUUUAAUUUCACAUAAAUAAAAUAAGUUCAUGUGUAAGGACCAUUCUGUAAAAGUUUUAUUGCGACCUUUAAAACAAAUUUUUUAUAUUUGACGAUCGCAAUAUUAAAAUGGAAUUUAGACCUAAAACUUUUGAUUUGGAGAUUGCCUUUGCAGCAUCUAGAAAAAGACAGAUGAAGAAAUUUCGUGGUCCAGACUCGCCUCUUUAUUCUGCCAUUUGUCCCGCAAUUUAUAUAAUAAGAAUUCUUGGACAAGCACCGUACAAAUUUUCAAAGGAUCGUUUGGUUCCUUCCAAUGUUUAUUUGAUAUUUUCUUUUGUUUUUUUAACCGUUUGUUUUUACAAUGUAUACGUAGUAUUUUAUCAAUUUCUACAUUCAACAAGAAAAGAACCAAUCCUUGGAGGUACGGAAUAUAUUAAGGUGACAUUUAAUUGCUUCACAAUGAUAUACAGCGUUCUAAUGACAAUGUGGACAAGAAAUAAAUUCGUUCAAAUUUGGAAUAACAUACAAGAUUAUGAUGAUGCUGUUAGAUUAUUAGGAUAUCCUCAAAAGGAAAUAAAAACGAGAAUAGUUUGCUGGAUUUUAAUAAUUUUAAAUAUCGCACUUUGGACUUCAGUCAAUCAAAUUGGAAUGUACGCUUUUACAGAAUCUUGGAUUUCUAAUAUAGGCUACAUGUCCCCAUAUUUCGGUAGUUGUAUAGCCGUUUACAAAUUUAUUGGUAUUACUUUUAUAUUGGGUCAACGAUUUCAUCAUCUCAAUGAAUUAGCAACAAAAUAUAUAUAUUCGAAACGAAAGAAUACUCGACCUAUGAAAAUCGAUAUUAAAACUAUUCAAACUUGGCACAACGAACUUAUGAUCGUCGGAGAAAAUUUAAAUACUUUAUAUACGUGGGAGAUUCUUUUAUGGUUAGCAAAUUUGAGUAUUCAUAGUGUAAGUGACUUAUACUUUAUUAUCGAUAAAGUAUUAAAUGAUUGGGAUAAUUUACAUUGGCCAUCGAUUUGCUGUUUAGCAAGCUGGUCUUUAGUAUUUGUUGCUCAACUUAUUAUAUUGCACAUUUCUUGUGACUAUGUUUCGACUCAGGCAAAUUGUAUGGGAGGAAUCCUGAUCGAUUGGCAGGCCUGUUUAAUGGAAAAAAAUUCUUUAAAGACACCCAUAGAAAUGUCUCUACACUUCAUCAAUCGAAAAUUACAAUUCACAGCUGCCGGAUGUUUUUGCAUCGAACUACCAUUAAUCCGUUCGAUAGCAGCGCUCUUGACAACGUACUUGGUUAUUCUCUUGCAAUUACAAUGAGUUAUCGAUUUUCAAGCUAAUUCUAUUUUUUUUUUUUUUUAUGACAAACAAACGAGUCGAAUCACAUUAGUGUAACAUUGUUCUUAGCGAGAAAGUAUCGAGAAAUGGAAAUUAUAACGGAAGAGUACUCGCGAUAUUGAUUUUACGCGGAACGACUCGAGAUACGUAUAUACUUUACUCAGAAGUUGUAUUGCUUUAU